AUGCCGUCUAAGUGCGCCUCUCCGGGCUGCCCCACGAAUCCAUCAUUUGGCCUGAACGAUGGUAAGAGGAAGGUGCUGUUCUGCCGUGGACAUGCCAAGGAGGGCAUGAUCAACGUCCGAGACCGGACGUGCUGCCACCCAGGAGGUUGUCCCACGAGGCCGUCUUACGCGGAGGCCGGGUCGAAAAAGCCGGAGUUCUGUGUCCUUCACGCUCCGAAGGGGACGGUGGACGUUCUCAGCAGGAGGUGCGCUCGGAAGGGCUGCUUGGUCAGCCCGUCGUUCGGAGCCAAGGGCACGAAAAAAGUCGAGUUCUGCCAGGAGCAUGCGAAGGACGGCAUGGUCAACGUCCGCAUCAAGCAGUGCGAGCAGCAAGGGUGCACCACGAUGCCAACGUACGGCAAGGACGGCAGCAAGAGACCGCAGUACUGCCACCGGCACGCCACGGGGGAGAUGAUCAACCUACACAGCAAGAGAUGCAGCCACCCAGGUUGUACCAAGCAGCCGUCGUACGGGGUCGACGGCACCAACAAGGCGGAGCUGUGCGCGGAGCAUGGCAAGCCUGGGAUGGUGAACGUCCGCAUGAAGCGAUGCUCGUACCGCUCCUGCACCAGACAGCCUUCGUACAGCAUGGAUGGCAGCACAACGCCCGAGUUUUGUAGCCGGCACGCUACGGACGGGAUGAUAGACGUCCGCAGCAAGAAGUGCCGCCACGCGGGCUGCGUGAAGGUGGCCUCCUACGGCGAGGCCCACACCGGCUCCAGGGAGUUCUGCGGGGCCCACGCGACAGAGGGCAUGGUGGCUCUGGCUCUGAGGAGUCCUCUGGCGACGGUAUCAUCGAAGCGAUGA